AAGGUCACUGUGCGGCGGCGGGUCUGGCUGGCGGCGGCGGCGCGGCGACGGCAGGCGGGAGCCGAGUGCCCCGGGUGCACGUGUGGAGAAGCGACGGUACCGGCGCGGCGGCGGGAACUCCCCCUAGCCCUUCCGGAGACCCCCGGGGGGGCCGUGCUCUGCUUCUGCGGCCUCCGUCACCUCCUCAACUCCCUUUCCUUAGGCGAGGAGGCCGGCUGGUGGGGUUGAGUGGCCCGAGGUGAGGGCGCGGAGAGCUCGGGGCGACGCGGACGACGGCGUGGAGAGCGGUGCUAACGACGGCCUCAACCGGAGGGGAAGAUGAAAGGUAGCCGGAUCGAGCUGGGAGAUGUGACACCACACAAUAUUAAGCAGUUGAAGAGACUAAACCAGGUCAUCUUCCCGGUCAGCUACAAUGACAAGUUCUACAAGGAUGUGCUGGAGGUUGGCGAGCUAGCAAAACUUGCCUAUUUCAAUGAUAUAGCUGUUGGUGCAGUAUGCUGCAGGGUGGAUCAUUCACAGAAUCAGAAGAGACUUUACAUCAUGACACUAGGAUGUCUAGCACCUUAUCGAAGACUAGGAAUAGGAACAAAAAUGUUAAAUCAUGUCUUAAACAUCUGUGAAAAAGAUGGCACUUUUGACAACAUCUAUCUGCAUGUCCAGAUCAGUAAUGAGUCAGCAAUCGAUUUCUACAGGAAGUUUGGCUUUGAGAUUAUUGAGACAAAGAAGAACUACUAUAAGAGGAUAGAGCCUGCAGAUGCUCACGUGCUUCAGAAAAACCUCAAAGUCCCCUCUCAGAACGCAGAUAUGCACAAGACAGACAACUAAACAAAUUUCAUAUGAACUUCUUGCACUUGCUUGUCGCCAAAUAAAAGAGGCCCAUUGAUUUCCCCUCCCCCUCCUUAAGCUUUCUCCCUCAUUCUUGUUUUCCUUGCUUUUCUUUCCUCUAAAAGUUUAAUACUUUCACAGACUUUUUUUAAAAAUCAUGUUUGGAUUGUUGCAGUUCUCAUUUUUGUGAGGUGGUUGGAUUGAAAGAAGAAGGUAGGUCUGUUUUGUUUAAGUUAAUAAGAUGUACUGUCCCAAAACGUUAAGUAUCAGAUGAUUUGGAAAUUUUUAGCUGAUUUUAUGUCCUGCUUUCAUAUUGAAGGUCAGAGCCUACAAAUACUGUUAAUCUCAAAAGAUCAAAAGAAGCAGUAGCAAUAUCUUAUUUUCUAAUUCAUAGACAAGUUUAGUGUGUUUGUGGUACUUUUGGACUUAAUUUUAGGGAAUGCUAAUUCCUAGACAUUGCCUUCACUUCAUCUUUAGUCCUUCUGAGCUCUCUCAGGAGUUGGACCAUUUGUAAUCCUUGUAAGAAAUUAUAAGCUUACUUAGCUUUUCAGAGCAAUUUUUUUUCCCCUCUCUAAUGGGUGGAACCGUUUGGGGUAGGUAGUGUUAUAUUUUUAUCUAAGUGUUUGGUUAAAUUGCUUUUUCAAUAGUAGACUGGUUGUUAGCAGGUUUAUUUUUCUUGCUGUUCUGAUUGUUCCUAGAGGCAUUAACUUUUGGAGUGUAGGCUGGUGAGAUUAAUUUUUUUAAUAUGCCAGCCAGAGUUAUGGCCUUUAACUGACCUGAAGAAAUUUAAUUUUAAUAGACUUUUUCUUGUAUUUUUGUUUCAAUAGGCCCAACAAUAGUCUAACCUUAAAAUUGGAGUUGAUGUCAUUGUAGGUCAGUUCCUCAAAUAAGCACCUGUUUUCUCGGACAUUGAAAAAUAUCUAAAGAAAGCUUAGGUAGACUUGUUGCACAAUAAAAUACAUUUAUUGUGAACUAAUGUGGGCUGUUAAAAGUGUGGCCACUGAGUGCUUAGUUAUAUAGGAAAGACUAGACAGUAUUUUUAAGAAUAACAUAGCUAUGCUGUUGCAUUUCUGUUGGAGCACAUCCCAGAUUUGCUUAUACUCUUGUGCCUAUAAUAUUGAAUUUAAGAAUUUGGAAUAAGAGGAAUGGUUAGUUAAACUAAUUGCUUCUAUUCUUGGAGAGGUUAGAAGUAUAAAGUGUUAAUAAUGCAAAUAUCACUGUGAUCUCCUGUAUUGACAGUUCUGGUUUGUGGCAGACCAUUUUCUGGCAUGUAGGAAUCUUUGACAAGUUGAUAAUUUUUUGUAAGGUGAGAGAUGUCUGAAUUACUCAUAUUUUCAGCCCAUUGUCCCAUUGCUAAUAUUUAGAAGAUUUUAGAUUGUCAGUAGUGAUGGUUCAAGAAAUGUCUCAUUAGACUUUGAAACAAUACACAGGGCUUGUCAUUUGACUUUAAAAGGCAGUUUGAUUCUUGAUAUUUAUCCUCUUAUGUAAAAUUCUGGGAUAAAAGACUCAUUUAUGAGUAGUUAAGGAACAGAAUUAUUUUACAAAGUGUUUGUGUACACUUUUAACCUUAAGUUUUUGUUGAGAAUGUGUAAGUGCAAAGUAAAAUAGACUUCAACAGUCUUGAGUGCCAAGAAAAGAGAGGAAGGAAUAUAGUUGCUGAGUUUUAUAGGGUUGUAAUCUUAAGAUAGUAAAAAUGUAGAAUGACCACACUGGUUUCUUGGGUAUUAGUUUUUUGAAAAGUCUAAAUCUAAGCUUAGAAGACAAUUUAGCAUUAAGCACCUUUACCUUUAUGGAUAAGCUUCAGCUUGCUCUUGCCAAGAGAAGUGUGCUUGAGUUACAGAAAACAUAAUUAGUUUGAAGAAAUCAGCCUUUUUGUAUGUAAACUUCCAGAUAUCAAAAUAGAUUUUGAUAUAUAAAUGAGUUUUCUGAGAUGACACUGCCUCUGUUUCUAUAACCCUUUCACCUGGACUAUCUAAGCAGUCCUAUGAAUGUAUUCCUAAGUGUGGUUAUUGAAAACCGAAUAGCUGCCUCAUGAAAUUAAAUACAUGUUAUGUAAAGAGGGGAAAUAUUAAAGUUUGAAUUGAUUGUGUAGGCUCCCUAUUAUUAUAGUUUCUUUUUCCACACUAGUGAAUGACACAACCUAAAUUUAAGUGUGUAUAAUGGGUUAAUUGUCCUACAUCAAACUUGUAUUGAAUAAUUCCAUCUACUUACAGAAGAGAAGGAUAUGGAAGAGGUAGAACCUGGGCACUAGUAUAUGCCUGUGAAUCAGUAAAGACAGAAAGUAGUGCUCCUUGUUAAAUUGUUAUUUUGAUAUGUAAUAAUCUUUGAGGUAAAACAGUUCUGUUAACUGGAGGAUAAUUGAUUAUGUCAUAUUUUUCAGGACAGAUAGUUUAUACUGGGGCAAAUAGGUUAAAAUUGAACUGUAUGGUAUUUGCAUUUAGGUUCUAAAGAGAAGAAUCUGUAGAGAAAUCUAUGCAAUAUAUAAUUUGUCCAGAUUAGUUUUCAUUUGGGGAAAGGAAUUCUGAAGUAUCUCUAAAGCAGUUUUUACUUGCCAACUGAAAAUCCUCCAAGCAGAGAAGUGUUGGGAAACUAUGGAGUGUGGUGGUGGAAAAGAAAAGAUCCCUCAGUUUUUGGAGGGAAUAACUUUAAAAAACUUAAAUGGCUAAGUUUACUUGGUGCAGUUAAGAAUUAAAUUUGUCAAUUUUAACAUUGCUGUUACAUCUAAAAUAAACUUAUGUGAUGUUCUGGUAGUGAUCUGUGAUGUAUAUAAAUGUCAGGGAAAAAAUCUGAAUUGUGCUGAAUCCUGCAGUGUACAACUAUACAUAGUCAUUUUCUACCAUUUUGCUAUUUUCAUAGUUCUCAGGAUCUAAAUUUAAAGCUCAUAAAAAACAGUGCUGGUGUAAAAAAGGCAUGGUAAUACAAAUCUCUUGGAACUUGAUAAAUUGCACAAAGUCUUGUGGUGUGAUCCCAGUGAAAGAAAAGGUAAAGUCUAGGAAAUAAACCUGCUGUAUUAUGAAUGUAAUUGUUAAAAAGUUACAUUCACAUUAGGCUGCAGGCUAUUUAAUGUGUAUUGACUAUUAAUGUAUUGAGAUUUUUUUUGUAGUGAGGAAGGAGUACUUGGGUGAGUCUGCAUUCAUUUCUUCCCCACCCUUUCCCCUUGACUAACAUCAAACAAACAUGAAUUGAAAUUGUAUCUGUAUGGAAUAUAGCUGAAUCAUAAGAGUGCUUGCAUAUUUUGUACAGUGUCCUGGGUUUGAUCCACAGCAUUUCAGAACAAGAAAAGAAAAAAAUUAUUUUGUAAAAGGCAACCAACCAUCUGUUACACUUUAUUGAUCAUUACAUUAAGAAUUAAGCAUAAAUUAAUGCUUAAAAUUUACAAUCAAAAAGUUCUUAUUAAGGGAUUUAUUUCAUUCAAAAAAAUGGUUAAUCUGUGCCUGGUAUGUCUUAUUUAUCACAGCACUCCAAAAUUUAGUAGUUUGAAACAAGAAACAUGUUUAGAAUCUACAUGCAGCUUACCUGGUGUUUCUAACUUAUGAUCUCAUAAAUUUCUAGUAAAACUGACAGUUGCAUCAUCUUGAAGGCUUGAUAAGAACUGGACCCACCACUGGGACUCAUUCAUAUGACUUCAGUUCCUUACUAAGUGGGCCUCUGUAAGGGCUGCCUUAUAUCUGACAUCCUGUACAAGUGAUCUAUGAGAAUGCUAAGCAGAAGCCAACUUCCUUGUAACAAAACCUUUCAAUCAGAGUUUUACUUGGAAAGUGAGUAAAUAAUAUGAAGCAGUUGCUAAAUAGUCUAAACAGUUUUGUGAUGGGGGACUUGAACUCAGCCUAGACACUUGUUCCUUUCUCAACUAUCAUUUAAAUCUUGAAAAAUAACUGCCUUCUUAUAUUCAUAUGAAAGCUUAAAUCCAACAUGGGAAAAUUCUCUACUGGGCAUAAUAUCUUGAAGUUUCUGAACUUUGGCCUAGAUAUUUAUUUACUGCCCUCAAAAACAUGACAUCUGAACUCGAAGGAGGUAAGUCUAUUAAAGAUUGUGUUAUAUUAUUGUA